CAAACGUGAUUAUGUUACGUAAACAGCUAAUGGCAUUACCAAUUACUUGUUUAUCGCCGAUAACCAAAUCGCAGAAUCGUGUCAUCUUUUGUGUAAUAAAUAAACGUAUUUCGUACUCGAAUUUUAUGCAGUUGCCUUAUCAACAAAUAGAAUCGAUAGAUAAUAAUGACAUCGAAGCGAGCACGAUGAAACAUGAAAAUAUUCCUUCGAUAUUCUAUGAAUAUUUAACCAACGUUACCCCAAAAUUCAAAGACAAGAUUUUGGAGAAUUACUUUACGGUCACGAGCAUAAAUAAUACCGACCCGUAUUUAAUAAGCCGAGAAAUAGGCAAUGAUUUCGUUGCAUUAAUUAAAGACGAUUUACUUGAGAGUGUAUCUCAUGUAAUUGAAUUAAAUCCAGGGUUCGGCGUACUGACCGAAAGCUUGCUGCAAGCUGGUGUACCAUUCAUAAAUCUGUAUGAGAAAUACAAUGAAUUUCAUUCCACGUUAAACAAUUUAAGUAACGCGUACCCCGGCCGACUUAAAAUAAAGAGGGGAAACCUCUUUACCAUGUCUAAAAUGUUGAAUUUAAAUAUUAAAGAGAAACCUCAUACAAACAUAUGCGAACUUUUGGGUGAUAUACCAAGACGAAAAUGGGACGAUGAAAGUUGUAUGCAAAUAAUUGGGACAACGACUAAACAUUUAUUUGUAAGGCAUUUAAUAAUAAGCAUAAUAUUCCAGACAGGCUUUAUGAUGUAUGGAAGACCGAUCUUUUACCUUGCCCUAUCACCUUCUGUAUGGAACACGUUUAUGUACAAUGGUAAAAAGGCUUCGACCAACUGUAUCAUGUUUAAUAUAUUAUUGGAUUACAAAAUAUUUGGUACGAUAGACAGGAGAGGAUUUAUUCCAUGUUUGAGAAAAAAGAAAAAGGUGAACAAUAAUAAAGGACGAAAAACUGAUAGUGAGAUGCUCUAUGUCGUCAAGUUAGAACCGAAGGCUGACCUCCUUAAAUUAUUUGAUGGAAAGGACAGUCUAAUAUACUUUUGGCAUUUUGUGAGACAUCACUUUUAUAAACCAUCGUUAAGAGUGAUUCCUGCAUUAGAAAAAAUAGUACCAGAUUGUGGUCUACGAUUGAUAGAAAAGAAUUAUAAUAUAUUUACUGAAUUCGGCCACUUGAGCCCUAGUCAGGUCUUUGAUCUCUUUAUAGAGUUCAAAUCUUGGCCUGAAUUCAAAGAUAGCUCAUUUUUGUUGAGCGCCAACGAGAUCAAAAAAACAUAUGAUCCUUACAUGGAGGAAUGUGAAUGAAUAUCGAUAUAACGCAAACAUUAAAAUUUAAUAUUUCUACCGAUUUAAUUUGAAGACGGUCAUGACGACGAACAUGAAGUGGGUGAUUUUCGGUAUCGCAUUAACAAUAUAU